UCUGGCGGGCUGGAAGUGGCGUACGUGCAAAGCGGGCCGCGAGAGUGGCGCCUCCUCCUCGCCCCGACACAGCAGCGAAGGCGCGGCAGGGAGAGGCGGCGGCCGCGGCGGCCCGCGCACUGGGCAGAGAAGCCGGCGGGGAGCAGAAGGCAGCCGCCCCACCGCGCUAGCCGGCUCACCCCGCCGCCGCUCACCUCUUCGGCCGCGCCGCCGCCGCUGGCGGGGCGGUGAUGAAGAGGCGUUAACGGCGCAGAGAGGGCGGCACGGGCCCCCGCGGCAGUCUCUCGUUCAGAAGAGGCCGCGGGCCGGCGGAGGGCGGCAGGGACCGCGGCGAAGCCGGGCGGCCAUGAUGCAGUGAGCGCUCCCUCCUCGCGCGGCCGGGCGGGGGCCCGCGUUAGCGCCGCUCCCGUCCGCCUCCUUACAUAACCCCUCGGCGGCGGAGUGGGGCUGCGGCUGCACCACCAGCGCCAUGGCGAAUGACAGCGGCGGCGCGGCCGGCCAAGGCGGCAGUGAGAGCAGCGGCGGCAGCAGCGGUAGCAGUGAGCGGGAUCGGCAGUACUGCGAGCUGUGUGGGAAGAUGGAGAACCUGCUGCGGUGCGGGCGCUGCCGCAGCUCCUUUUACUGCAGCAAGGAGCACCAGCGCCAGGACUGGAAGAAGCACAAGCUCAUCUGUCGCGGCGGAGGCGCGGCGGCAGCCGCAGCAGGGGGCGCUGCCGAGUCCCACGGCGGGCACCCCCCGCCGACCCGCGCCCAAAGCGCCGGGACCGCGGCGGGAUGCGGCAGCUCGGCGGCGGCGGGGAAGGGCGCGGCGCCGCCACCCCCGGAAGCCCCCGCCGAGACCACCCCGCUAACCAGCAACCACGUCGCCGCCGCAGCCGCCGGCGGUGAGGCGGAGGCCUCGGCCCCUUCCCCAUCGCCCUCCGGGGAGGCAGUGCUGCUAUACCGGGACAAGUCGAACCUGUACGCGGGCGGCGUGCAGGCGGGACCCGCCGGGGCCGCGUUGCGCCCCAACGGGCAGACGAAGUCGCUGGUGCCGCAGCGGCUGGCACUGGAGUACAUCGUGCCCUGCAUGAACAAGCAUGGCAUUUGCGUGGUGGACGACUUCCUUGGGAAGGAGUUGGGCGGGCUAGUGGCCCAGGAGGUGCGGGCCCUUCACCACACUGGCCGCUUCACCGACGGGCAACUCGUCAGCCAAAAAAGCGACUCCUCGAAGGACAUCCGCGGAGACAAGAUCACCUGGGUGGAGGGCAAGGAGCCGGGUUGCCAGACCAUACGGCUCCUAAUGAACAGCAUGGACGAUCUCAUCCGACACUGCAACGGCAAGCUGGGCAACUACAAAAUCAACGGCAGGACGAAAGCUAUGGUGGCUUGUUAUCCAGGCAAUGGAACAGGAUAUGUGCGCCAUGUUGAUAAUCCAAAUGGAGAUGGAAGAUGUGUUACGUGUAUAUAUUACCUUAAUAAAGACUGGGAUGCCAAGGUAAGCGGAGGCAUCCUUCGGAUAUUUCCGGAAGGCAAAGCCCAGUUCGCUGAUAUCGAACCCAAAUUCGAUAGACUGCUAUUCUUCUGGUCUGAUCGCCGCAACCCUCAUGAAGUACAGCCAGCAUUUGCUACAAGGUACGCAAUAACAGUGUGGUAUUUUGAUGCAGAUGAACGAGCACGAGCUAAAGUAAAAUAUCUAACAGGUGAAAAAGGUGUGAGGGUUGAACUUAAUAAACCUUCUGACUCAGUUGGGAAAGACGUUUUAUAAGCCUUUGAUUUAGCAACUCCUCUUGCUAUUCUCCCUGAUAAAUCUUGAUGCUAUCUAUUAACUUCUGAAUGUGAAUAACAAGAUAAAAGAAAAUCAACAACAAACCAACAUCUUAAUAAAGAAGCCAACAGUGUUUCAAUGUUGCAUCAAAUAGGAGGUCCUUUGACCACUGAAGCAUUGUACUAUGUGAUUGUGACUCCAGGCCUGUGACUGCUUAUGUGAAGAAGAUAAGCAAUCAGUAAGAAACAGCAGAUGCAUCUGGACAUAAAUAAGUGCCCUACAUAGAAUUUGUCCAUCCUUAUAUUUUGCCAGACCUGUCAUCCAGCUGAUUCCAAUUCAUCUCUCCCUUUUUUUAUAUGGUAAAAGUUUGAAUUUUGGGUAAUUUUUGUAUGACCAGGUACAGUUUAUCAAAAUUGAGUCUUAAAAAAAAAAAAAAAAAAAAAAAAAGAAAAAAGAAAAGA